CGACGCGAGAAACCGGUAGGCCCGUGAGCGCAGUUCGAGAUAAAAAGUGCACACGGCACAGGAAGCAGACACAAAGAGUGCCGAUGAUCGAAUGUGUGUCGGAGCGUGUCGUAGAAUACAAAGAAAUAAAGGAACAAAUAUAUAUAUAUUACGAAUAUAUUUACACGAUUCGUGGACGGGCUCGCGGUACACGUGCACGGCACAAUGCUCAAUGAUAUUCCUUGGACGGCACGAGGAUUGACGCUGACCGCUUAGUUUGACAGAUGCGAUCAAGGAUGUUUCGUUGCCUGGUGUUGCCGGUGGUAAAAGCAAAUCCUUAAAUGCCGUUUCAUGGUUUAUCGUAUGAUCGAGAAACGGCAGGACUCAAGCAGCCCGUAACGAUGGAUUUCUAUUGCGAUAAAACCCCUCUGCAGAAGGACAUAAUGUCGGAUUCUACUACUGCGAGAUCUAUAAUCAACGAAUCCAUUUCUGGCCAGCAGAGUGUUACGCGGCCGAAAUUUCAGCCGAUACGUCUCAAGGCACUCCUGCAUUUUUGUGAGAGCGAUGAUGACGACGAUGAUGAAAGUGAGAGGAAGCUUCAAGAGUCUGAAGAUGAGUCAGACGAUGAGCCGCAGCUUUUGCUACAAGAUAAAACCAUCGAAGACGCACAACAAUUGUCUCCAUCUAAAGAAGACGGUAACUCCUCCAUAAUUGAUAUACAAGACAAGAGCAAAUUUUCCAUGCAUGUAUCACUGGAAGGGAGCAAAGUUACAUUUGAUAAUUCCUCCGUUCUAAAUAAACCAAGCUGUACAACGAGCGACAAAGAAGAGAACAAAAUUAGCGAUGUGAAUAUCGAAAAUUAUCCGCCGGUUGAAAAAGUAAAUAAGUUGGAGGCUCACAGAUGUAAGAACGAGAAGUCGCAAGAUUGUAACGACGGUGAGGAGCUUCCAAGGAGCCACCAAGCUGCUGAUACUGUUCACGAAUGUUCGACAAGCACAGCCACGACCUUGCCACUUGCGACGUUUUCCCUCUACAGAGGGGAAUAUAACGCGAAGUGUAACGUGAACAAAAGUCUAUUGUCGACAAGCAGUAGUCAUCAGUCGCAUCACGAAAACUCUCACAUGCCGGAUGUCCUAAACAGAAAGAAAGAGGAUCAUGUGUACAACGUGUUGGCGGAAAACAAGAGACUGUUAGGGACCGGCAACGACAGCUUCUUAUUGAACCUCAGCAAGGAAGACAAGCGACGUAAAGGUGCACAAGGCUUGGCCAACAUCGAGCAAACCAGUAAAGAUCGUGAAGAGGAGUAUCAUCGCAGGAUCUCGAAUGCCGAGCCGGAGCCCGUUAAUGCGUCGCAGAGCGCAACGUCCGGGAAUCCGAUUCAUCCCAUCGCGAGGUACAGCUCGCAAUACAACAACGUUGCGAAGUACGAAGGGAACGAGAAAUAUGCGGAAAACAAAGGCUUCAGCACGCCGUCGUUGGGCGAUAUGAGCAAAACCUCCGUGAAUCGCUCGGUAGCGGAGACCCCGAUGAAGCACUUGCACGUCAGCUCCGUGCAUCCGAAUCCGUGCACGUCGCACAAGCAGCUGUUUUGCACACCGCAGAACAAAUUGGCCAGCGAUCCGCCGAGCCACCUCCAGACUCCAUCGACGAUAAUGUCCAGCUGGUGUCACAACAUGAGACAAACGCCUAUCGACGGGAAGAGCCAUAUUGCGAAGGACCGUGUGCAAACCUCUAGAAGCGCGGUUUACGCGUCAGUUAUAGGGAGAGGAGAACCGUCCAGGUGUUUCGGCCUGGACGCGAAAAAUUCGAGACGACCUUUGGCGGACGCCAAAUUGGCGCACGGCGAUCCUCCGGCGUAUCCUCUGGAAACAAAGCCGCUCGUACUGCAAAAACUCCCCGAGGCUAAGGGCGUUCCAUCCGAGCCGCAGCAAGAUGACAGAAGCCGUAAGACGAUCGGACUGUCGGAAGUGAAAUUGAUGCAAACCGAAGCGAAUCGCGAGAAAGGUUUGAAGCCGAUCAGCCUUGUCGAGGAGACGAAGGAGAACAAACAGCCGAAUCUGCCGGACGCUCUGUUAGGGAGCAACAGAAAAAUCGCGCAAGAGAAUAGCAAGCAGGUGAUCAUCGGCUCCGGCAUGGGCCUAAAGAUGGCGCAGGAACCUGCGCGAAGGUGCGACAACAUCAAGGAGGACAACGUCGUCCCGAUCACAAAGUGCAAAGACCCGCAGGAUCGGCCGAGGCAACGCGAGGAGCCGCGACAGAUCAUCGACACGGGCGAGGUAGGGAACGUGCAGUUCUCCGUGCCGUCUAGCAUCCCGCAGUCACGACUGCGUAAAACAAUAUUCGUGAAGGACAAGGAGUACUUGAUCCUGGGUUCUCUGGGCCAGGGAAUGAGCGGCGAGGUGUUGCGGGUGCAGGAUCUGUCUUGCGGCGAGUUGCGCGCUAUCAAGUGCGUCGACUUGAAUAAGAUGGACAAGGAGUCUGCUCAGGGCUGCUUGGACGAGAUCUCCUUGCUGCAUAAGUUACAAGCACCCUGCAUCGUCAGAAUGUUCGACUAUCACAUCAAGGAAUCCAUGGUUUACGUGGUGAUGGAGAUGGGCGAUACCGACCUCAGUCGUCUCUUGAAAUCCAUGUCCCAGGAGAAGCAGAUUACUCUCAUGAUGAUUCUAUAUUACUGGACCGAAAUGCUCAUCGCUGUAAAACACAUACAUGAUAAUGGAGUCAUACAUUCGGACUUGAAACCGGCGAAUUUCUUAUUGGUGCGAGGUAGACUCAAACUAAUAGAUUUCGGGAUUGCUUCCAAUAUCAAUUCAGACAUGACGUCCGUCUUAAAGAAUAAUCCGAUUGGAACGUUAAAUUAUAUCAGUCCGGAAGCCCUGAUGGACAUCGGCGGGAACGCGGACUCGCCGACUCACAAUGUUAAAUACAAGAUAAGCUUCAAAUCGGACGUGUGGUCAUUGGGAUGCAUUUUGUACAGUCUAGUAUAUGGUCAUACGCCUUUCCACCACAUACGCUCCCAGUGGGCGAAGGUGAACGCCAUAACCAAUCCUAAGCCGAACAUCUUGUUUCCGGCCGCGAGAUUCUCGAGCGGUGACGAGUCUCAGGAUUGCGAGCGCGCGCCGCCCAUCCUGAUCGACGUGAUGCGAAAGUGUCUUCAGCAUGAUCCGAAAGCGAGACCCACGGUGUCACAAUUAUUAGGGGUGCAAUACGUGCCUGCCAAGCAAAAUGUCGCAACGACGGUGACCGACGUUCCGACGAGCAUCCUUAUGAAGAUAAGGCAUGCUUUGAAUGAGGAAGAGUGGCGGCACUUAAUUCAGGUAUUGGACACAAAGCGGCAUCAUACAUGAUAUUAUGGAAAUAAUAACUUAUACGUUUAUCGGUGUACAUAAAAGUAUUUGUAUAUACACAUAUGUUCGGCCAGAAUUGCGUUUAAAUAUAUGCUUCUGCCAAUUAUAAUUAGUAUAUUUUUGAUCAUGAUCAUUUCUAAAUAAUUAUUCAAAAUCUGCCAUUGUUUUCCGUUCGCAUCCAAUGUGGCUCAAACUGAUAAGAUCGAUGUCAACACAAUGACUUCCAACAGGCUUUCUGUUCGCUCCUGUUUUUUCUGUCGACCGAAC